GGUUGCGAAGUUUGUGACCUACAGACAACACCUUCAUUUCUACAUAGGGAACUGAUACGUAUGUCGCAUUUUGCAUGCGCAUUUUCCUGUAAACGAUGUUUGCAGUAAAGAGUCAAGAGGUGUAAAAUGUAUUGAUUUUAUCAGCAAAACGUUCUGGACACCACAUGCAUACGAAAUGAUACUUCUUAAACAGAUCUUGAGAACGUAUGUAGCAAUAAGUGAAACCAGCCUUUCACUUUUUUCGCGUCGCUGCUUUUUGGCUCUUACAACAAACAAGAAGGUGCUAAGGCUGUAUAGUACAAGAAUGGCUGGUGUGGAAACAGUGACAGUUAAAGUUGCCCAAGGCAUUUUGAAAGGAAAAGUAGUUGAAGCAAAGUAUGGAGGGAAAUAUUGCAGCUUUCAGGGUAUUCGUUAUGCAAAGCCACCGGUUGGCCCUCUUAGAUUUCAGCCACCACAGCCACCGGAGUCUUGGACAGGCAUAAGAGAUGCUCUAGAAGAAGGCGCAGUUGCCCCGCAUGCAGACUGGGUGCGGCAGAAGUACAGGGGUGAAGAGGAUUGUCUUUUCCUUAAUGUCUACACUCCAAAGAUUCCUUCAGAAAAUGAGUCACUGAAAGCUGUUAUGGUAUGGUUUCAUGGAGGUGGAUUUGGAUUUGGAUCAGGAAACACUGAUCUUUAUGGUCCAGAUUAUUUAGUUGCUGCUGAUGUUAUUGUAGUCACAUUGAAUUACCGUCUUGGAGCUCUUGGCUUUUUAAGUUUGGAAGAUGCAACUAUACCAGGCAAUAAUGGCCUUAAGGACCAAGUAGCUGCCCUCAGAUGGAUUCAGCAGAACAUCAUAAACUUUGGUGGUGACCCAAAUAAUGUUACAAUAUUUGGUGAAAGUGCUGGUGGUGCCUCUGUACAAUACCAUUUGAUAUCUCCAAUGUCAAAAGGACUUUUUCACAAAGCAAUUGCACAGAGUGGUUCUAUUUUUAAUCCUUGGGCAAGCAGAAAAACUUUGAAGGAGAGGUCGUUUGCCUUGGGUGCUGUGCUGGGAUGUAAAACAAAUGAUCCAAAAGUGCUAAUUGAUUUUCUCAGGACUUGCACUCCAAAACAGAUAGUGGACGGCACUGCAAAAAUAGUAACUCUUGAUGACAAACGGAGAGGAAACAGCAUACCAUUUUUACCAAUACCAGAAAAGGACUCCGGCAGUUCACAAGAAGUCUUCCUACCUGAUAACCCACAAAACAUUGUAAAAUCAGGAAAAUUCUGUGAUGUGCCUUACCUAACUGGAGUUACUUCUCAUGAAGGCUUAAUGGAGCUUAGAAAUAUUCUAAAAAAGCCAGAGUUACUGAAAGAAAUAGACGCAGACUUUGAAAGAUUUGUGCCGGAGGAUAUGGAACUGAGAGAAAGUGAAAGAUUGAAGAAAGCCAGUGAUAUGAUAAGACAGUUUUACUUUGAUGGUAAAGCACUCACAAAAGAUAGCAUAAUGGAUUAUGUAAAUUUGCAGACUGAUAUAAACUUCGCACACGGAGUGUACCAAACAGCAAAUUACCAUGUGAAGUAUAGUCGCAGCCCAUUAUAUUAUUAUAAUUUUGGGUUUGAUAGUGUUCUGGGUGUCUUCAAACGUUUUGUCGGUGCAUCUCAUCUUCCUGGUGUUUGUCAUAUCGAUGAUAUUGGAUACUUAUUCCAUAUGUCAAUUGUUGAUAUCACUGUAGAACAUGACUCUAUAGAAAUGUCAACUAUACGAAGGAUGGUGAAGUUGUGGACAAAUUUUGCAAAGACUGGUGACCCUACACCACACCUGGAUGCUGAUGUAAAGGUCAAGUGGACACCAUAUAGCCUGACAAACCCAUGUUACCUGAACAUUGAUAAGGAUCUCAGCAUAAGGCAUAGUCUUAACAAAGAACGCAUGGAGUUUUGGGAUGAUCUAUACAAAUGGAGUACAGCAGCAUCAAAACUAUGAACUUUUUAAAAGACAUUAUUUGACACAAUAAAUGUAAUAUUUGUGAGCUGUCAAACUGCAGAUAUUACUUCAUUUUUAUGUAAAUGUGAAAAAAUAAACUUAAUAUAUUAAUCAGUA